GGUAAAAAGUCACCACCACAUACAGAUUUCCAUUCACUUGUCCUCUUGCGUCUUCAUCUUCAGUGUCUAUUCUUUGUACUGGUCAUUUCUCUUGUUAUUUUGGUGAUAGUCCCAGGAGUUCCUUUGUAUGCCAAUUGAAAGAGAAACGUAUUUUGUUUGAGCUCUCAACAUGGACAUCUCCGACCUCUCGCUCACCGCUCCAUCGCGUACUCCUCUAUUGUCGACUCCAUCUUCGUCCACCCCGCCAACGAGUCCCUCCGACUGGAGAAAAAUCCCUUAUGCUAUUGACAUCCCCGUCGGCAAUGAAGACACCGCGUUCCACGAAAUCCCCGAAAAGGCUGCCAACGGGAUCGACACGCACCAGAGUCGCAAGGUAGAUUUCCUGAUGGCCGAGUUCACUAGAGGAUUCGACCCAAGCACGUUCAGGGCUGAGCUUAUGGCGGAACUUCCAGAAUUAGUCAAGAAUGUGCUCCCAGGCUCCUAUGAGCAACUUCUUGUGAUUCUUCUGGAGGAAUCCAACAACGUGGACAAGAUUCAGUGUAAGCUGCGAGAAUGGCUCCGCAAGCGCUACCCGCAGCUCAUAGGUGCUUCGCCAAUCGGCACCGGAACGGCGGAUGAGAGUUACUUUUUGACGGAGCUUCAGGUGCUGAGAAAACUGUUGGAACCUCUGCGAGGGGAGCCGAAGACCCCGAUCUACUGGAUGAACACUAGGAGUGUCUAUUCUGCCAGCGUCUGCGAGCAACUGGAAGCAGCUGUGAGGGUCAUAGAAGAGUUCAAGUUAGACGUUCUGGAGGCGCUCGAGAGAGACACAGAAGAUAGAAGCUGCUACAGUACCCUUCCUGUGUCUAAUCCCCGGAGCUCAAUGAUGAGCAUGAAGGAAGUUCGCAUUGAAGCCUGCAAAGCGUCACUCAAGUGGGGCGGUUAUGCUCAUGCAGAACUCGAGCUGACAAAGUUCUAUCAUUUCUAUAGGAACGAUCUCAUCAAUAAUCGGCCGGAGAAGGCGCGUGAGGAAGGAUGGCUUCCACCGACUACAACCAAAAUACCUCGUCCAUCUACGAAAAUGGCAGACGAAGGCGAUCUCGUGGUCUGGCCAGCUCACAGAGGCAACGAGAAGUUUUUCAACAUGUUGGUCAAGAUUGCGCUUUGGUUGGCUAUGGCACGAGGACUGGCUGCUGUCCAUCUCUUUUGCGAUGUCGCUCGGCUUUUCACAUCCCACGAGCCUUCUAAAGAGGCCAACAAAGCUUAUAUCAAUUUCCUGAGACGUCUGACCCAGAUUAGAGCCAACGAUGGAGUUCGGUCCAAUACCGACGCCCCAUUUUCCUACAGCAAUAGUCUCAUGGCCAAAUGGAACCCUGGCUACUUCAAGGAUGUGCAGAAAGUAAACCGCACUUUGAUGGCCAGUUUGACUGAACGUCCAUCUCUUCUGGACAAGAAGAAGGAAGCACCACCUUUCAGUCCUACUCCUUCCUCAAGCAAAGACGGUCAAGCACCCCUGAGGAUCCGUCCGGGGUCUGCUAGUUGGCCCAGGACUGCUGCUGCCUACGUGAAUCGGGGUUCUUCGGCAUAUGAGGAAAGUACGGUAGCGCCCCAUCGUGUGAUUCCAAGGUCUCGGUCCACUACUGGCUUUCGAGACAAGACACCUUGGCCCUCACGACACACCGAUGUUCCGGACACUGACGAGGACCUGCGCAAUGAGCAAAAUUAG